AUGAUUGUGCACCGUGUGUUGUUUUAUCUCGCUUUGCUUGUGUGUGUUGAGUCUCUCUGUUUGGCCACUGCACAGACUCAACCUGGUGUUCAGGCUGAUUCCGCUUGCAAAGAAGAUGAUAGUGGUUGUUCUGCUGCUGCUCGUCCUGCUGCACCACCACCACCAACACCACCUGGUGGUGGAGCUUGUCCUCCAGGCGAGAGUGGUACUACGUGUACUCCUACGGUUAGUAAACCUAAAGCUGCUCGUGAGGAUUGUGCGGAAUCUUCUGGGGAGGAUAGUUGUCCUAGCAAUGUUGAUGAGACUCAAGAGAAUUGCGCUUCUGGUAAGUCUCCUUGUGAACCCACACCACAAGACGCGGCUCAUGCUAACUCAAAUGAAAAUCGUGGAACUAAUGGUGGCGAACAUCAAGGUCCUACAAUUGCAAGUCGUCCUGUAACUGACCAGGGUUCUCAUACUGAUGGACGACAAGAGGAUCGUGCUGAAGCACCUGCUGUUCUUCCUCCUGGUGAACCAGAAACUCGGGAAACUCAAAGUGGAAACGGUACACAAGAUGCUGCUUCUUCUCCCGCUGCGGGGAGUAGUAGCGGUGCUCCUGCCGCUGACGGUCAAACUGAAAGCAAUGUGGACAGUGCAGCCGAAGAAGGUGGAUCUAAACAGGGAGAUGAAACAGCACAACCUUCUUCUCCUUCCAACAAUUCGGCCACAGGGAGUGAUGUUGGUUCUGAUGCUGCAACACCUGAGAAUGGCACUAUAUCUGCUGAGAGUGAAUCAUCAAACAACCCAAAUGCGGGAGGAAAUACAGAAACCACCACCACCACCACAACAACAACUACCACUACCACAACAACACUUCCUCCUGAACCUGCAAACAACAAGAAGGGUGAUGCAGACAGCAGCAGCAGUAUCAGCAGUUCUGUGUGGGUGCGUGUACCACUACUGAUUGUGGUUACACUGGCCUGUAUUCUUGUGUGCUGA